UGAACAGCUGCCUUCAACAGAAACGAAGUGAUUCCGCGGCGCUGACAGCGUACAAAAAGCAGCGUAGUCUGUGUUUCUGAAUUACUUUGGUUGGCUAUCUGUGUUCCUGGUUGGGUGGUUGGUUGGUUAGUUAGUUGUGAAAUGGAAACGGUUUCAGUAUGGGUUUUAUUUCUUUUGGGGCUAUUUUUUCAUGGUGCCUGUUCUCUUUCUCUCUCCCCAGGCCUCUUGAGUACUGUUGAACAGAAUGCAGCCCAGCUAGCCCUGGACGAGGGCGCCAACUCCACGCUAGCCCCGGACGAGGGCGCCAACUCCACGCCAGCCCCGGAGGAGGGCGCCAACUCCACGCCAGCCCCGGAGGAGGGCGGCAACUCCACGCCAGCCCCGGAGGAGGGCGGCAACUCCACGCCAGCCCCGGAGGAGGGCGGCAACUCCACGCCAGCCCCGGAGGAGGGCGGCAACUCCACGCCAGCCCCGGAGGAGGGCGGCAACUCCACGCCAGCCCCGGAGGAGGGCGGCAACUCCACGCCAGCCCCGGAGGAGGGCGGCAACUCCACGCCAGCCCCGGAGGAGGGCGGCAACUCCACGCCAGCCCCGGAGGAGGGCGGCAACUCCACGCCAGCCCCGGAGGAGGGCGGCAACUCCACGCCAGCCCCGGAGGAGGGCGGCAACUCCACGCCAGCCCCGGAGGAGGGCGGCAACUCCACGCCAGCCCCGGAGGAGGGCGGCAACUCCACGCCAGCCCCGGAGGAGGGCGGCAACUCCACGCCAGCCCCGGAGGAGGGCAGCAACUCGCUGUCGGCUUUUCAGCCUUAAUAGACGCUUGUAGUCUGACUUCAGGAAGCUUAAUUGACUGUCUUCCAGGUUAGUCUAGCUGCAAGCUGAUGAUCAAACCAUUUUAACCUUGGAGCUGCUUGGCUUUUCUGUGAUUAAACUGAAUCUCCUGA